AGUGCUGUAUUUUCUCCGGAGAAACCUGAACGCAGCACAGAUAAUGAUGUAUUGAGGGUUAGAACGGACGGUGACAACAAAAAUGGACAUCAACAAAAAAUAGCCUGGGUAUCAGUGUCAGAUAUCUGGCUGGCACUUAAUAAUCGACCUGAGUGCAGAAAGAGAACUGUGUUCAUAGGCAUGGAGGUCCGUUUUGGGAACAUCGUGUUUAGCUCCAAGUUUGACUCUGGGAACCUAGCCCGAGUGGAGAAAGUAGAGAAGAGCAACUCAAGCCCUGUGUCCGAUGGAGCCCAAGUUGGAAGUUCCCCAUCAGGGCUGCACCUCACCCCCGACUACGAGUUCAACGUGUGGACCCAGCCAGACUGUGCCGGCACGGAGUAUGAGAACGGAAACAGAUCGUGGUUUUACUUCAGCGUGCGCGGUGCCAUGCCUGGGAGACUGCUGAAGAUCAACGUGAUGAACAUGAACAAUCAGCGGAAGCUUUACAGCCAGGGCAUGGCUCCCUUCGUUCGCACCCUACCGGUCAAAAACCGCUGGGAGAGAAUCCGCGACAGACCCACAGUGGAGACUGUAAACAACCAGUUCAUUCUGUCUUUCACUCACCGGCUGCUGGAUGUGCGAGGAACAACCACCUACUUCUCCUUCUGCUACCCGUUCUCUUACAGCGAGUGCCAGGAGAUGCUGCAGCAGCUGGACGAGAGCUACCCCAACGCUGCUCGGCUCAGUCCGAGCAGCGCACCGGGCACUGUGUACUAUCACAGGGAAUUGCUGUGCAACUCUCUAGACGGCAACAGGGUGGACCUCCUCACUGUGACCAACUGCGCCGGCAUGUGGGAUGAGAGAGAAACCCGUCUCCCCAAGCUGUUUCCUGACACCAAUACCCCCAGACCGCAUCGCUUCCCGGACAAGAGGGUGUUUUUCCUCAGCAGCCGCGUGCACCCCGGAGAAACGCCGUCCUCGUUCGUGUUCAACGGUUUCCUCAACUUCAUCCUGCGGCGAGACGACCCGCGUGCGCACGCGCUGCGCAGCAUGUUCGUGUUCAAGCUCAUUCCCAUGCUGAACCCAGACGGCGUGGUCCGAGGACACUACAGAACUGACUCCAGAGGAGUGAACCUUAACAGACAGUACCUGAACCCCAACCCUGAACUCCACCCUUCCAUCUAUGCAGCUAAAGCUUUACUGCUGUACCACCACACACAUAACCGCUUGCACACCACACAACCAACCGCACACAGCAUAGGCAGUCUCCAGACGCAGCCCACCCCUCUGAACAACAAGCCGACAAACCAGCACCAGUCCCCUCCCCUGACGCCGCUGGAGAUCAGCUUGAACCAGCGGAACGCGGAGAAAGGCGGCAGCUCUCCUCUGCCGGCCGAGGUCUCCAUGGUGAUGGAGGAGAACAGCUGGAGCCCUGCGGAGUUGGGGAAAGGGGACCAGAACUGCUCCGUCGACUCCUCGGAGAAGGUAGCGUCCGGAACCGGGGACCGAGGCGAUCUUGAGGAGCAAAGCGAGUCGGUGCCACCGCAGGAGGGAGGCGUGGCCUAUUACGUGGACCUACACGGCCACGCCUCCAAACGGGGAUGCUUCAUGUAUGGAAAUAACCUGCCUGACGAGAACCAGCAGGUGGAGAACAUGCUGUUUCCCAGGCUGAUCGCCGUCAACUCGGCCCACUUUGACUUCCUGGGCUGUAACUUCUCUGAAAAAAACAUGUAUGCGCGGGACAAGCGAGACGGUCAGUCUAAGGAAGGCAGUGGUCGUGUGGCUGUCCACAAGGCGAUAGGAGUGCUUCACAGUUAUACUUUGGAGUGCAACUAUAACACAGGAAAAACCAUGAACUCCAUCCCACCCGCCUGCCACGACAACGGCCGGGCGACCCCGCCUCCCCCCUCGUCGUUUCCUCCCAAAUACACUCCAGAGAUAUUUGAGCAGGUGGGCCGUGCCGUGGCCGUCUCUGCCCUGGACAUGGCAGAGUCCAACCCGUGGCCUCGCCUGGUGCUGUCCGAGCACACCUGCCUCACCAACCUCCGAGCCUGGAUCCUCAAGCACGUCCGCAACACCAAAGGCCUCAACACGCAAAUCCACGUGCCCCCCAAAGUCCAAAACAGCGGCAGCAAGAUGUCGCCACCAAAAAGUUUCAACAACAGCUUUCUGCCUGGGUCAACAUCAGAAAACACCAAUGGCCGCGUUCGCUACAACAGCCAGAGCAGCAGCAGCAAGACUCCCUCUCCAAAAAUCCAAAGCUCUCCGAGCUUCACCUUCGGCUGCACCCCGCCGCCCCGGCAUCACGCACAUCAUUACAGCACACACGCCGGUGGACGUGGAGGCAACAGGUCACUCGGACCAGUCAAAGACUCUAAGCCUCAGGAGAAGAGACGUCCCUCCCACAGUCGUUCUGUUCUCCGGUCUCCCAGCAACAGCCAUAAACCCCCCCGCCACCCUCGCUCGCCCCCUUCCUCGUCGUCGUCCUCCUCCUCUUCCUCUGUGUGCGCGGCAGGUUCUUGUCCUUUGCCGACUCCGGUCAAUAUAACAGGCGUCAGCUACUCAGAUUUUAAGCUUUAUGGAGCCAGUCCAAGUAGCUGGCCCAGAAUGCCUCUGUACGCGCGCGCCGGGCGGCCAGGCCGAGGCCGCCGAGGCUUUGCGGGCUCUCAUCACCCAGCAGACAUCUGUAGAGAGAAAUCUAAAGUCACGGGGCCUGAACAUAUCCUGUCGUCCAUCAAAUUCAGCAAGGGUGAGCCUCAGUUUCAUGCAAGCCGCAUCCCGAUUCGUCGACCGGUGUCGGCUGACGUUACUUUCCCACUCCUUAAUACGUCGCCCACCUCGUCUGGAGACAAGGAGAUGUCCUCCACCCUUACAGUGUUUAAGCUGCUCAGACCUCCUGGGAUCCACCGACAUGUGACCAUAUCAGGAUUAUCGAAGAAAGACAGCGACAGGUUCCAGCUGGCCUCUGCAACGCUGCUGGUGAAGAACGGAGACAAGAGUACAAACUACAAAACAGACGCUGUCACAGAGACUACAGCAGAGAUGGAUGAAACUGGAGAACAGGUUGACAAGAGGCCCGUUGUGCCGUGCCAGAGGUGAAGAAUGUGUGAGACAGUGACCCUGUGUGGAGAAGCCCAGAAACUCCACCAACUUGCAAUUAAAGUACAGUAUUUUUAUUUUUUUUUUGCCAACUGUGAGCCCACAUUCCUGUUUCAAAAAAAUAUAUAUUUACCAACAUUUAGACUAAGAAGCGACAGCGUCUUUUUCUAGAGUGUUUAAUGUGCAAUACAACUGUUUUGUUGACCUUUUUCCAGUAGCUGAGCAGCAUUAACAAGUGUGCAUAACAAUCACUGAGCAACUGAGGAUUAAGUGCCUUUCCUCGUGACUAACAGCAGCUGUGGCAUAAAUGAUGCCCCUUCAGAUUUUUUUAAGCUGCUGAAGGAAGAAAACUUGAAAGAUCCCUUUAACACUUCAGCUCCCAUCACUGCAUUUCAUAUUUUUAUUUUAGUCUUAUUUUGUCUUUCCAGCAAAGGUUAAACAUGCUCUGACCUGUACAGUUAUGCAUUGCUGUGUUUAUUUAACUUGUAUCGCUUUUUUUUUUUUUGUCUUUUCAAAACUGAGCACAACAGCACCUUUUUAAACAUCAUUCUUUAAAACAUGAAUGAAAUCCGACAACCGCUCUGAAAUGGACUGUAUUGAGUAAUCUGUGUUUCGCUGUGGUGUUGGUAAAAUGAUAUUUCCUUCA